UUUGACGUCAUACGCUGUUCAGUAUGCACAGCGCAGCAUGAAAUCAAACACAUUUAAUGAAUAUCUCGUAACUAAAGUCGAUUAAUGCGUUUAUUUUACAUAUUUUUUUAACCAAUUUUAUGUAACCGAAUUGAAACAACUGACACUAAACGGAUCGUCUUUGUUAAAAACUCCGAAUACGUGUUGCCUAGAAACACAAGCACUACAUACAAAAACAAGCGUCAUGUGUUGUGAGAGGCUGUAGUUUUUAAAACUAGGCAUUAAAACAAAAUAAACUCACAAUCACAGUGGAAUGGAAAGGAUACCCACUAACAAACAUGCAGCCAAUGCUGUGGAUGCCUAUUUAGAAUACAAAAGAAUUGUAGGGGAAGAUGAUGGAGGGCAGCUGUUUUCAGAGGACGAAUUCAAGAAAUACAAAGAAACAGUGGUGCCACGAAGAAUACAGAACCGACUUUAUGUCAGUUUUGGUGUCCCGGGACAGAUAGACUGCAAACUCAUUGGACCUGAAACACCUUGCUUUUGUACACAUAGAUAUAAACAGCACCGCACAGACUUUGAGGAGUUGUCAAAGGAGAGACCGAUUCUCCUGCCCUGUAGAGCCAGAGGUUGUCAGUGCGUGUCCUAUCAGUAUGUGCAUAUCAACGGAUCUAGGCCGGUACGCUGCCAGUGCAAGCACACAACCUGUGAGCACAGCGAGGCUCUAGGUCACCCAUGCAAAAAAUGCUCGGACUGCCGUGGCUAUCGAAGUCCAUUCACCUGUGGAUGUGGUCAGCCCGCAUAUGCCCAUGUGACGCUGGUCGAAACCAGGGAAGAGCGUGUGGCACGGGGUCAUCCAGUGGGCAGAGAUGUUCCCUAUGCGGCCAUGGGAGGCCUGACUGGGUUCAGCUCACUGAUAGAUGGCUACCUGAGACUGGAUCCCAGUGGUAUAGGUUCUAUUCUGAAGUCUGAUAGGCCUGGCCCAGAUCAUGUGUUGGAGACAGCUAAUACAUCGCAAACAGCUGUCAAAUAUGUAACCCCACAGCACACGAAGAGGGAAGAAAAUGUGAUGGAAAAGAUCGAAGAAUCAUCCAUCAAUCUAACAAGAAAAACUGAUUAAAAUUUAAAGAUCUAAGAUGUAAGUUAUAUAAAUAAAUAUAUAUGAUUGCAUUUCGAAAUGUUUUUUUAGAACAUACAAUGCUCUUCAUGUAUGAUGUCACCAAAUGCAAGACUCAAAAGCAGAAGCAAUGGAUAUAAAUACUGCACAUUUACUGCUUCUCAUGUGCGAACAAUUAAUGCAUCAGGACACAGCUCAUCACUUAACACUUGUGAGCUAAUGGUCCCAAUGUGAUCACAUUAGAUGAAAGUAAAAUCCAAACGUGCUGUUCCGUUGAGUUGGUAAAUUGUGUGUUAAAACAGGUGAAAAAUUAAAUGUGACAUUCUAUA